UGUUUCCUCCUCCUUAAACUUUUGUUUUACGACUAAAUGAGCUCUUUAGUUCUGCUGACGGCAGCUUCACAUCAGAUGGAGUGAUGAAGGAGAAGCAGCAUCUUCUCUCUGUGUGUUUUCUCUACAGCUGAAGCUACACAGUCUGCUGUAGUGACAGAGGUGUGCACUAUGAAUCAGAGGGAGCGCUCUCCGGCUCGUCUUCUUCACCUUCAAGAUGCUGAAGCUGCUGAUGGGAGGAUGAAGCAGCAGAGACCUGGUUCUGGACCUGGAUCUGAAGCUGAACCUGGACCUGAAGCUGGACCUGGACCUGGACCUGAAGCUGGACCUGGAUCUGGACCUGGACCUGAAGCUGAACCUGAACCUGGACCUGAAGCUGAACCUGGACCUGAAGCUGGACCUGGACCUGGACCUGAAGCUGGAUCUGGACCUGAAGCUGAACCUGAACCUGGACCUGAAGCUGGAUCUGGACCUGGAUCCAGCUGUGUGUCCAUGAAGAGUGACCAGUCUAUGGGUCACCCUCUUACCUUUAAAGUGGAUCAACCUGCUGAUGGAAGAACGAACAGACCAAGAAUGGACCCAGCAGUUCGAAACAAUGAUUUUUAUGAUCUGUACAUUCCUGCGGCAGACCUCGGUUCUCCCCCAGACUCCCGUCGAGAGCACAGUGCUCCCCCUGCGCCUCGAGACCCCAGUGCUCCCCUGCUGGGCUGUGACAGACGCCUGCUGCCGGGCCGUGGCAGCAGCAAUUAUCCCGGAUCUUUUGAACACGACUUGCUCUUAUAUUUCCGAAGGAUGCAGCAGCAGAGACCUGAACCUGGACCUGGACCUGAACCUGGACCUGGACCUGGACCCAGCUGUAAAAGGAGAAAGAUCCAGCAGCAGAUACCUGGACCUGGACCUGGACCUGGACCUGGAUCUGGAUCUGGACCUGGAUCUGGACCUGGACCUGGACCAGGAUCCAGCUGUGUGUCCAUGAAGAGUGACCAGUCUAUGGGUCACCCUCUUACCUUUAAAGUGGAUCAACCUGCUGAUGGAAGGAUGCAGCAGCAGAGACCUGAACCUGGACCUGGACCUGGACCUGGACCUGAAUCUGGAUUUGGACCUGGAUCCAGCUGUGUGUCCAUGAAGAGUGACCAGUCUAUGGGUCACCCUCUUACCUUUAAAGUGGAUCAACCUGCUGAUGGAAGAGUUCAGCAGAAGAGCUCAGAGGUUCCCAGUGAUCAGUCUGCCCCGCAACAUCAAACAGACCUGGACUCCAUAUUUAUGCUGCUGGAGGAGAACAUCGGCACUUUUGUGAAGAACGAGCUGAAGAAAAUCCAGAAGGCUCUGAGUUCAUAUUACCCAGAAUGCAUAGAGAGUCAGAGGGAGGAUGAAGAGCAGAGGAGCAGAGAAGCAUUUCUGAACAUCACACUGCACUUCCUGAGGAGCAUGAAGCAGGAGCAGCUGGCUGACUGUCUGCAGAGCAGAACUGUUGCUGCAGUGUGCCGACGUAAACUCAAGUCUAAACUGAAGAAGAAGUUCCAGUGUGUGUUUGAGGGCAUUGCUAAAGCAGGAAACCCAACCCUCCUGAACCAGAUCUACACAGAUCUCUACAUCACAGAGGGGGGGACUGCAGAGGUCAAUGAUGAACAUGAGGUCAGACAGAUUGAAACAGCAGCCAGGAGACCAGACAGACCAGAGGCAACAAUCAGACGAGAAGACAUCUUUAAAGCCUCACCUGGAAGAGAUGAACCAAUCAGAACAGUGAUGACAAAGGGAGUGGCUGGCAUUGGGAAAACAGUCUUAACACAGAAGUUCACUCUGGACUGGGCUGAAGACAAAGCCAACCAGGACAUACAGUUCACAUUUCCCUUCACUUUCAGAGAGCUGAAUGUGCUGAAAGAGAAAAGGUUCAGCUUGGUGGAGCUUGUUCAACCCUUCUUUACUGAAACCAAAGCAGCAGGAUUCUGCAGGUUUGAACAGUUCCCGGUUCUGUUCAUCUUUGACGGUCUGGAUGAGUGUCGAUUUCCUCUGGACUUCCACAACAACGAGAUCCUGACUGAUGUUACAGAGUCCACCUCAGUGGGUGUGCUGCUGACAAACCUCAUCAGGGGGAAACUGCUUCCCUCUGCUCGCCUCUGGAUAACCACACGACCUGCAGCAGCCAAUCAGAUCCCUCCUGAGUGUGUGGACAUGGUGACAGAGGUCAGAGGGUUCAAUGACCCACAGAAGGAGGAGUACUUCAGGAAGAGAUUCAGAGAUGAGGAGCAGGCCGGCACAAUCAUCUCCCACAUCAAGAAAUCACGAAGCCUCCACAUCAUGUGCCACAUCCCACUCUUCUGCUGGAUCACCGCUACAGUUCUGGAGGAUGUAUUAAAAAGCAGAGAGGGAGGCGAGCUGCCCAAGACCCUGACUGAGAUGUACAUCCACUUCCUGGUGGUUCAGUCCAAAGUGAAGAAUGUGAAGUAUGAUGGAGGAGCUGAGACAGAUCCACACUGGAGUCCAGAGAGCAGGAAGAUGAUCGAGUCUCUGGGAAAACUGGCUUUUGAGCAGCUGCAGAAAGGCAACCUGAUCUUCUAUGAAUCUGACCUGACAGGGUGUGGCAUCGAUAUCAGAGCAGCCUCAGUGUACUCAGGAGUGUUCACACAGGUCUUUAGAGAGGAGAGAGGACUGUACCAGGACAAGGUGUUCUGCUUCAUCCAUCUGAGUGUUCAGGAGUUUCUGGCUGCUCUUCAUGUCCAUCUGACCUUCAUCACCUCUGGUGUCAACCUGCUGUCAGAAGAACAAACAACCUCCCAGCUGCUUAAAGUCUACAGAGACAAAUCUAAACUAACACAUCUCUACCAGAGUGCUGUGGACGAGGCCUUACAGAGUCCAAAUGGACACCUGGACUUGUUUCUCCGUUUCCUCCUGGGUCUUUCACUGCAGACCAACCAGAAACACCUACGAGGUCUGCUGACACAGACAGGAAGUGGCUCACAGACCAAUCAGGAAGCAGUCCAGUACAUCAUGAAGAAGAUCGAAGAGACUCCCUCUGCAGAGCAAAGCAUUAACCUGUUCCACUGUUUGAAUGAACUGAAUGAUCAUUCUCUAGUGGAGCAGAUCCAACAGUCCCUGGUAUCAGGAAGUCUCUCCACUGAUAAACUGUCUCCUGCUCAGUGGUCAGCUCUGGUCUUCAUCUUACUGUCAUCAGGAAAAGAUCUGGACGUGUUCGACCUGAAGAAAUACUCUGCUUCAGAGGAGGCUCUUCUGAGGCUGCUGCCAGUGGUCAAAGCCUCCAACAAAGCUCUGUUGAGUGGCUGUGACCUCUCAGAGAGAAGCUGUGAAGCUCUGUCCUCAGUUCUCAGCUCCCAGUCCUCUAGUCUGAGAGAACUGGACCUGAGUAAUAACAACCUGCAGGAUUCAGGAGCGAAUCUGCUUUCUGCUGGACUGAAGAGUCCACAUUGCACACUGGAAAGUCUCAGGUUGAGUCUCUGUAAGCUCUCAGAGAGAAGCUGUGAAGCUCUGUCCUCAGUUCUCAGCUCCCAGUCCUCUACUCUGAGAGAACUGGACCUGAGUAACAACAACCUGCAGGAUUCAGGAGCGAAGCUGCUGUCUGCUGGACUGAAGAGUCCACAUUGUACACUGGAAAGUCUCAGUCUGUCAGGCUGUCUGGUCACAGAGGAAGGCUUUGCUUCUCUGGCCUCAGCUCUGAGGUCCAACCCCUCCCAUCUGAGAGAGCUGGACCUGAGCUACAAUCAUCCAGGAGACUCAGAAGUGAAGCUGCUGUCUGCUGGACUGGAGGAUCCACACUGGAGACUGACAUCUUUCAGGAUGGACCAUGGUGGACUGCAGACACUGAGACCUGGUGUGAGGAAGUAUGUCUGUGAACUGGAACUGGACGCAAACACAGCACACAGAAAACUCAAAGUGUCUGACAACAACAGGAAGGUGACACAUGUGAAAGAAGAUCAGUCUUAUCCUGAUCAUCCAGACAGAUUUGACUCCUGGCAACAGCUGAUGUGUAGUAAUGUUCUGACUGGUCGCUGUUACUGGGAGGUCGAGUGGACAGGAAGAGUUUUUGUGUCAGUGACUUACAGAGGAAUCAGCAGGAGAGGAGACAGUGAAGACUUUGUGUUUGGAUGGAAUGAUCAGUCCUGGAGUCUUGUCUGCUCUGGUGUUGGUUACUGUGUUUGGCACAAUAACAUAAGAACACCCAUCAGCUCCUCCUCCUCUCCCUCUGGUAGAGUAGCAGUGUAUGUGGAUUGUCCUGCUGGCUCUCUGUCCUUCUACAGAGUCUCCUCUGACAAACUGAUCCACCUCCACACCUUCAAAACCACUUUCACUGAACCUCUUUCUCCUGGGUUUAUGUUCUGUUCACCUGGUUCCUCAGUGGUUCUGUGUCCUCUGCAGGUCUGAGAGUCUCCUGUGGACAGAAACAUGCUAACUGAAGAUCAGCUGCUGAAGUCAAAGUUCAGUGUAUUCAGCAUCACACACUCUGCACUGUGAAGCAGAUCUGUCUCACAUUGAAACACAACACUCAUCUGAUUUAUUCUCUUUCAUGAUCCACAUGUUAAUUUCCUCAACGAAACUCCACGCCCCCCCUCAAGUUUUUUUGUUUUUUCUUGCCUUGCGCAUUCACAUCCUCUCAUCUGCUCUGUUUCGCUCCCACACACACACACACACAUGCACACACACCUAGAGAGACAGAGUGGAGGAAAGACGAGAAGUGGACUACGCACCAGCACCCCAGUCGCACAAACCACAGACAACACUCCUUCGGAGCCCUUUCUUAAUAUCACUGUGACCUGGUCAUUUUAAAAGUAGCUCGCAAGCCAAUAAACUGUGGGCACCCCUGUUCCUGAA